AUGCAUUAUUCAUUAACCAACAGGUACGUAGACCGCUUAAAUUCCAACAUAAAAAUCGACAUCGCCCAUGUCCAGAAGUCAAAGUUUCAGGAAGAUCUCAGCAUACUGGAUUGCACCUUGGUCUUCGUCGUUUUUUUCAACGUUUUGGCACUACGUACUGCUCGAGUUGUGGUGAUCGAAGUGAAAAGGGAUUCUUCGAGGUCCUGGUGGUCUCGGAAUAUGAGCUUUCGGGGGAAGGACGACGACGAAGCCCUCGACUUGGUGCAACAUGAAGAAGUGGCGGCGAUUCCUUUGAAGAGGCCUCUGGAGGGUGAGAAGAAAGUUGAGAAGUUCCUCAAGUCGAAGUUCGAGGCUCGCAGGGAAGUCUGGAUCAUGGAGGCCUUCAGAGGACUCUACUUCCUAUUACGCACGAGCAAAAUAAAAAGCGACAGCUUUGUUUCGAGACUACACGUGCUUACAGCUUUUCUGUUAUUGGGUUUUUCCGUGACCGUUUCGACACGACAAACAGUGGGCAACCCGAUAGAUUGCGUCCAUACCAGAGAAAUUCCUCUGGAAGUAUUCAACGCGUAUUGCUGGAUCCACAGUACGUAUUUCGUGACCGCUGCGAUGCUGGGAAUUGCUGGAGUGAACGUUGCCUUCCCAGGGGUUGCUCCUUCUCUGGUGCAUCACUAUCAGCGACACAAUGUAUACCUGCAGAAAUUUCGUGUCGGUGAAGACUCCACGAAGCAGGUGAAGUACUACCAGUGGGUCGCUUUUGCGCUUCUCUUGCAGAGUAAAGAGACUCAGUCGAGACCUAUGAGCUUGUUCGAGACGCAACCACGUCUAUACUAUAAUUUUGAGAAAUAA